CUGUGUCACCAAAAAAUACAAGUCAUAAUCCUUUUUUUUUUAUUCAUAUAUUUUAAGCCAACAACCAGUAACACCACCACCACCACCAACAACAACAACAACAGUAUCGGUGCCAAUAACAGUAAUGCAAAUUGUACAGUUGAUUAUUCUACACAUCCAAAAAAGCCACCAUACAGUUAUUCACAGUUGAUUGUUCAAGCAAUGAAACAUUUUGGUGGACAAAAGGUGCUAUUAACAGAUAUUUAUGGCUAUAUCAGAGAACGUUAUGCUUGGUACAGACUAUGCGAUCCAUCUUGGCAGAAUUCCAUACGUCAUAAUCUGUCGUUGAAUAAACAAUUUAUUAAAAUACCACGUUCAGCAGAAGACAAAGGCAAAGGUUCCUAUUGGAAAUUAGAUUUUAGCCGGUAAUU